AAUUUGACCACAACACGUCCCAACCCAAAAGCGGAGCGAGCUUAUCUUGAGGGUUUUUACUUUUAACAUAUCCUGCCCUGUAUGCCUAUAAAUUUCACUUUGCUGAAACUGGACUCAUUCGCAAGCUGAGUUUCCAUUAUCUCCUGGUGAACAAACCAUCAAAGAAGCUGCAGAGAAAAUGGCUGACACAAAUUUGACCGCAAUGCUGUACAAAACUGAUGACUUGCGCAUGGAAGACCUUCCUGUGCCUAAACCUGGACCUGGACAGGUGCAGCUAUCCAUGCAGGAGGUUGGAAUUUGCGGAUCAGAUGUUCACUUCUGGACAAAUGGGAGGAUCGGAGAUUAUAUUGUAAAAGCACCCAUGGCUUUGGGUCAUGAAGCUAGCGGAAUAGUCAGUGAACUUGGUCAGGGUGUCACAUCCUUGAAAGUAGGAGACAGAGUAGCAAUAGAACCAGGUGUCCCCUGCCGUAUGUGCAACUAUUGCAAAACUGGUCGCUACAAUCUGUGUGUAGACAUGAAAUUUUGUGCAACUCCUCCAUGUCAUGGCAACUUGGCACGCUACUAUGUCCUUGAUGCAGAUUUUUGCUUUAAGCUCCCGGACCAUGUUUCUUUGGAAGAGGGUGCACUGCUGGAACCUUUGUCUGUUGCCGUUCACGCGACAAACAGGGCCGGUGUUGGACUGGGCAGCACAGUACUGAUCUGUGGAGCUGGUCCAAUUGGUCUCGUACACAUUCUAACCGCAAAGGCCAAGGGAGCGUCUGUAGUGUGUAUCACAGAUAUUGAUGAUUCAAGACUGCAGAAAGCCAAAGAACUUGGAGCUGACUAUACAGUCAAGGUGACCAGUCGUGAUGCGCAGCAGACAGCACAGCUGGUAGAAGAAGCCAUGGGAGAGAAGCCAGAUAUUACUAUUGAGUGUAGCGGGGCUCCUUCAAGCCUCCAAACAGCUGUAUAUGCAGUAAAUUAUCCCACAGCCUUAGCUAUGGUGGCUUCAGGAAAAGUGAAUGUGAAGCCACUUAUUACACACAAGUUCAAACUGGAAGAGUCCAUCAAGGCUUUUGAAGCCACAAAGAGAGGAGAAGGCAUUAAAAUAAUGAUCUCAUGUGCUCGAAAUUGAUUUCCUCUAAUUAGGCCAAGACAUUUGAAAAACGUUCAUUUCCCAAUUUUACCGCUACAUUUACUUGGAAAUCCUACUUAAAGUUAAACGCUCCCCAGGAUCCGGAAAGUAAUGAGAAGACCCGGAUGAUCCUUUUUAGUGUUAAGUGCAAAGCGUAUUGUCCCCUGCCUCGUCAAAAAUAUGUUUGGAUAUAACAAAACUUUAGUGUUUCAUCAUUGCUUUUGAACUCUUUUUAUAUAUAUUU